CGCACUGGCCUUUUUCUGUCGUCGCGAUAGAUACUCCUCGAAGAUCGCAAUUCGGAAAAGCAGCCAGUCGACAAAACCACACCUCGGGACGACAUGGGCACGGGCCUCUCCAAGCUAUUGAGCGCCGCCGCGGCCGGCCAACACAAGGAAGUCCAGAAGCUCGUCAAGCGCGGCGUCGAUGUCAACGCCCGCACCGACGAGAAUGGCACGACGGCCUUGUACCGCGCGGCAGCCAACGGCCACAUUGGCGUCGUCAAGCUGCUCCUGAACGCGAACGCCGACGUCAACAAACCCAACGACAUGGGCGAAACGCCGCUGUGCGAAGCAGCUGCCCAAGGCCGCGCGUCCAUCAUCGCCAUGCUCCUCGACGCCGGCGCGGACGUCAACAAGGCCGAUCUCGAGGGCACGACGCCGCUGUGCAUGGCGGCCGAGCGCGGCCAUGCCGACGUCAUCCCUCUCUUGCUGCGCGCCGGCGCGGAUGUCCACAAGACGAGCAUCAACGGCGCGUCACCGCUGGCGCUGGCCGCGAGCAACGAUCAUGCGUCAGUCGUGCAGCUCCUGCUCCGUGCCAACGCCGACGUCAACGGAAAAGACAGCGCGGGCGAGACGCCACUCUGCCGCGCUGCCGCGAGAGGCCACGCUGGUGUCGUGCGCGUGCUGUUGACGGUGCAAGCGUGGAUGUUGCGCAGCGACAUGGUCCGCGCAGUGACGUACGCGGCCCGCGCCAACCACGCGGCGGUCGUGGACGCGCUUCUGUUGGUCAACUCGAGCGUCGACGGCGAGCCCAAGCUCUUGGCCUGGGACGUGGUCGCCAGCAACCGACCGGCGCUGACGCCCGGCGAGCAGCGCGCAGUGGCGUCGGCCAAGGCCUUGUGCCUCGGGCUUGCCGUGCGCGGCGGGGACGCCCAACAGACGCAGUAUUUUUUGCGUCUUGGCGCCAGUCCCAACGAGUCGAACCAAGGGUUGCUGCACGAAGCGAUGGCGGCGGCGCAGUACGCGGUCGCUGUUGAGCUCAUUCGCGCGCCCGCAACCGACCUCGACUGUCGCAACGAGAUGGGGCGGUCGGUGCUAACGCUCGCGAUCGAAGGCGGUCAUGUCGACAUUGUCCGCGAACUUGUCCGCGCCAAAGUCGACGUCAACGCGAAGGACCAGAUGAACGUGGCACCGUUGCAUGUGGCCCUCGACAUGCACCAGCUCCAGCUACUGCCGAUCCUUCUUGACGCGGACGACGUGGACGUGAGCGUCCUCGACGCUGUGGGCGUGACGCUCUGGGCAAAAGCUCAAAAGUUGGGCUUCAAUGACGUGGCAAGCCGGUUGCGCGAGAUGGCUACGCGCCGCAAGAUGCAGGACGAGGAAAGCUGCAGCGAUCCGGUGCGAGCCUCGAUAGGAGUCUGUCGACCGCUGCUUUCACACACGCUCGCAGCGCACACGAGCGCCGCCUAAGUUUGUCUUUGUAUGCGUUUAUGUGACUGCGGUGUGACCCUUGAUCUCGUG